GCAGAAAGAUAUUAUUUCGUUUCUUUGAAAAUUGGUUUGAUCUAUUCUAAGUGCAGUAGCAGCAAAGUCAAGGGAUCAAGGGCAGUGGUCAGUUAGGAAUGCGUAUAAAUGAAUGCUGCUUAAUGGUCAUAAGCGGGGUCUACAUAUUCGUGUCUGUGGCCUAUUGUACAGUGUCGUGACGGUGUUGUCAUGGUGCCGGGUUCCAUCCUGGUUCUGCGUGCCGUAACCGUGCAGCUUGGUAACCGAGUGGUAAUCCUGUUGCAGCUGAUUGAAAAAAGGUGCAGUCAGCUGGCGAUGCAACCAAGGAUAAUGUUGGAUAAGAUUCUGGGACGAGGAAGCGGCAAGAUGGUAAUCGGUAGGAUCCAGAGAGAAGUCGACGGUAGGUCAGUCAACAUUCUGGAACUGGGUGAGAUCAAGAAGCAUGUCCGUGGUUGGUUCGAUGAAUGGUACGGAUACCUCGGCCUUCAAAACCGCUGGAGCCAGGAUGCACCCAAGCUAAAGGCUCCAGGGGUAUCCAGGAUCACAAACAACAUGCUGAAACAUCAAGGACCACUAGGAAGUCACAUCCUUUUCCAGAUCGUAGGUGCAGCUAUCAUUCAGGAGGAGGUACCCAAGGACUGGAGCACAGGGCUCCUUUACUGUAUCCCAAAGGCACCAGAAUGGCCGGGUAACAUGGCAGAAGUUCGACCAAUUGCGCUUUUGGAACAUGCACGAAAAACUAUGUUUGCGAUCCUCACGAACAGACUCAGCGCGAUCCUCAGCCGGCAUAGCAUCUUGAGGGGUCCGAACUUCUCAGCGCUCAAGGGCACCACCACGAAGGACCCAUUUCACAUUUUACAGGCUGCCAUGGAUGAUGCUAUGUAA